UGAAGCCUAACAGUAGCAGAAAGUGUUGUCCUUGAACUUGAUAGCACAAUCAUCGUGAUCGGGGUGAGAACACGACCCAUUCCGAAUCCGCACAUCCAUACGCAAGCUUCUCGUAUAGAGAUCGAUCAAUCAUAUUCAUAUUCGAAGGCGCCACGACAACAGCAACAACAAUCUUUCUCGUUUUUUCAUUGUGAAAAGAGACUAUGGAGCGAAUUGCCAGAAUUUCCGCCCACCUCCACCCUUCGAAUCUCGAUGAACAGAUGGAGGAUGCUUCUUCGUCUUGGUCUUUGAGGCGUGACAAUUGCCGUGCCAAAGGUGGGGCACCCGGUUUCAAAGUCGCGAUUUUGGGUGCUGCAGGAGGCAUAGGACAGCCUCUAUCAAUGUUGAUGAAGAUGAAUCCACUGGUUUCCGUUCUCCACCUCUAUGAUGUCGUCAAUACCCCUGGCGUCACUGCUGAUAUCAGUCACAUGGACACUGGUGCUGUUGUUCGAGGAUUUUUAGGGCAGAAGCAGCUUGAGGAUGCCCUUAUUGGAAUGGACUUGGUAAUCAUUCCAGCUGGUGUUCCUCGCAAACCUGGAAUGACAAGAGAUGAUCUCUUUAAUAUAAAUGCUGGAAUUGUCAAAACACUUUGUGAAGGAAUUGCAAAGUGCUGUCCAAAAGCGAUUGUCAACGUGAUAAGCAAUCCGGUUAACUCCACGGUCCCCAUCGCAGCUGAAGUUUUCAAAAGAGCCGGUACUUAUGAUCCCAAGAGACUUUUGGGAGUGACAAUGCUUGAUGUUGUUAGAGCCAAUACGUUUGUGGCUGAAGUUAUGGGCAUUGAUCCAAGGGAUGUGGAUGUCCCUGUUGUUGGGGGACAUGCAGGAAUCACAAUUUUACCCCUUCUUUCUCAGGUUAAACCUCCUUGCUCUUUCACCCAAAGAGAAAUUGAGUACUUGACUGAUCGCAUACAAAAUGGUGGGACUGAAGUUGUUGAGGCCAAAGCUGGAGCUGGCUCUGCAACACUGUCAAUGGCAUAUGCUGCUGUUAAAUUUGCAGAUGCAUGCCUUCGUGCCCUAAGAGGAGAUGCUGGCGUCGUUCAAUGUGCAUAUGUUGAUUCACAGGUGACUGAACUUCCAUUCUUUGCAUCGAAAGUACGACUUGGCCGUAGUGGGGCAGAGGAAAUUCUUCCUCUUGGUCCACUGAAUGAUUAUGAGAGGGAAGGUUUGGAAAAGGCCAAGAAAGAGUUAGCAGCAAGCGUGGAGAAGGGCAUUUCUUUCGUCAGAAAAUGAGAUGAUGAGGAUAAUCAGUACUCAAAAUAAGCGGUGAGAUUGUGCCGUGUCCGUUGUGAGAUCACAGUUUUUGAAUUAGCUAUGUGAUAUAAUGGAGAUCAAUUUAGAAAUAUGUAAUAAAUGAAUAGUAUUCUAUUUCUAUGUAUCAUCAAACAGCAAACGUGUAAUAGAAACGGAAACCAGUUAUUAUUCUCAUUA